UGAUGACGUCACCGAUGCAUGUCUGUGGUGGUCUACUUCGGUAACCUGCGAGCGGCGUUAUCGGCAAGGAAGGCGUUCGGCGGCAGCGCGACUCGCAACUGUUUGUCUUCGAAGGCAAGCCUCUUCGAUGGCCGACCAGCCCGAGCGACUCAACAUAGACAACGUGCUACAGAGGUUAUUGGAAGUACGUGGCUCUCGGCCGGGCAAGAACGUGCAGCUGUCUGAGAACGAGAUUCGCGGCCUUUGCCUGAAGGGGCGAGAGGUGUUCCUGUCACAGCCCAUCUUGCUGGAGCUGGAGGCCCCGCUCAAGAUCUGCGGCGAUACCCAUGGCCAGUACUACGAUCUGCUCCGGCUGUUCGAGUAUGGGGGCUUCCCGCCCGAGAGCAACUACCUCUUCCUGGGCGACUACGUGGACCGGGGACGACACUCGCUCGAGACCAUCAGCCUACUCCUCGCCUACAAGAUCAAGUACCCCGAGAACUUCUUCAUUCUGCGCGGAAACCACGAGUGCGCCUCCAUCAACCGCAUCUAUGGCUUCUACGAUGAGUGCAAAAGGAGGUACAACAUCAAGUUGUGGAAGACCUUCACAGACUGCUUUAACUGCUUACCGGUAGCUGCCAUAGUGGACGAGAAAAUUUUCUGCAUGCACGGAGGUCUGAGCCCGGACCUGCAGUCGAUGGAGCAGGUGCGGCGGAUAAUGCGCCCAACAGACGUGCCCGACCAGGGCCUGCUGUGUGACCUGCUGUGGUCCGAUCCCGACAAGGACAUCAUGGGUUGGGGCGAGAAUGACCGUGGCGUCUCUUUCACCUUUGGUGCUGAUGUGGUUGCCAAGUUUCUGCACAAGCACGACCUCGAUCUCAUCUGCAGGGCGCACCAGGUGGUGGAAGAUGGCUACGAGUUCUUUGCCAAGCGACAACUGGUGACGCUCUUCUCAGCACCCAAUUACUGUGGCGAGUUCGACAAUGCUGGUGCCAUGAUGAGCGUCGACGAGACCCUCAUGUGCUCAUUCCAGAUUCUGAAACCAGCCGACAAGAAGAAGUUUCCUUACGGCGGCAUUGCAGCAGGAGGGGCCAAGCCACCAGCACCACAGCGGGGACAGUGAACGGGUGCUCAAGACGGGGGAGGAAAAAAAGAAAGCCCGGCAACCCUGCCUUUGCGGGCGAAGGGAGGCUGCACCAGGCUUUUUUUUUCUUUUUUUCCACAAGACAGCCGAUGCCUCUGGAGGAAGGUGGGGGGAGAGAAGGAGACCACCACCAUCGCAACAAUGGACACAACUAGAAAAGAGCUGCAGACUGCACCUGACCAGCACGCAACAGCACGACUGGAGAGGGUAAAAAGGUCACGGGCGCAACGCAUGCUCACCCUCCUCAGCUCCUGGACAGCAGGCUCUUAGAAAACGCCUCCCCACACCUCCCUCGUAUGCAGCCAAUGUGACAAAAGGACUGAUCACGGGGACAAAAAGACUGAUCAUGCAUCCUUUUUUUUUUUUUUAACCUCCCGACCCCUCGGUGUCUUUUUUUUUUUUUUUCUUUUGGGGUCAAUUGAGUGGCGGCUCUUGCUCCCGAGACAGAUUGAGUGUUUCUAGAGUUGCGCGCAUUGAGGAAGACCCUGUAACUCGCUGCUUUGGGUGCUCCAUUAUUUUUUAUUAUUUUUUUUUUACCGUCCCUCCCACAAAAGCAGCUUGUGCCUUCUUGCGGGGAAGUCUUUUCUUUUACAACAUGCAGGUUUCCGCUCCCAGGCAUCUCUCUUUGCUACAGCACUGCCUCGGCUCACUCGAAGUCUGCCUUCCUCCCCUGUCCGACCUCUCUACCCCCCUUGCACCAGGUGUGCCACCUUGAUGAUGGCCCCGUGCUGCUCUCCCCCACCUCAGCAAUUCUCUCUGUCCCCAUUGCUUUUCUUUUUUCCCCCAUGCUUGUUCCCACUGUCUUUUUUUCUUCUUUUCCCUCCUAUUAUUUACGUCUCGCACUGUUGCUCGUGACAAUAAAGUGUGGUUUCAUGC